AUGGAAGCAAGAAAACAAAAAUCCAAGAAAAACGUUGAAGAUGAGGAGCACGAGCGGCUCAUCGACGAGUUUAUAUCAAAACUCAAAAAGAGCUAUAAGAAAGCCGCAAAGGCUGAGGAGGUUGAAGCAUCGAGAAAAGUCUCGUACAAAACGCAACUCGAGCGCUUCAAGAACUACGCUAACAAUCUGGAAAUUGAGGAUUUACGAGAUGGUAUGAUCGCUCAGAUGAUUGAGUUCAUGGAGUCGAUGGUCAAAGAAAUGAGUGAGUUAAAGAAGCAGCUCAAACAGAAGAGCACUCAAGAAACUGAAGUGCAAACGGCACAGCCAAUGGUCAUUGAGAAGUGCGAAAGCAUCGACCUGGCGAAAGUGCUAAAAGGACUAACCCAUGACGAAGUACUCAAGGAUGUCGGUGACCAGGUUGCCAAGGUACGAAUAACACAGAACGGUGACAUGCUGCUAGUACUGAAUCGAGGCAAGGAAGCGGUGGAGGUAGAAGCAGGCAUCAAAAAUGCCUUGAAGGACAAGGCGAACGUCCGAACACUUGCACCCUCGGUGUUGAUCGAAAUCGCCCACCUGGAUGAAAUCACCGUUGCUGAGGAGAUCGCUGAAGCCCUCAAGCAACAACUGGCGAUAGACAUUGAUCAUAAGGAAAUCAAAGUCCGAGAGGAAAGGACAAAAGGCACCCAAAAGGCUACGUUUAGAGUGCCUCUGUCGGCGAAAGAGCGUGUCCUUAAUCCAGGCAAGCUUAAAGUUGGCUGGAGUGUAUGCAGCCUGAGAGAGGCAACAGUCCAGGUUAAAUGUUUCAAAUGCUGGAAACUGGGUCACAAGGGCUUCGAGUGCACGGGCCAAGAUCGAAGCAAGCUCUGCAUUAAAUGUGGACAAGAGGGACACAAGAUCCGAGAGUGUCCAAACGUUAUGACGUGUCUUGAUUGCCGUGGGGAUAUGGUUGAGUCCCACAUCACAGGCAGCUUCAGAUGUCCCAACCGGAUAGCCAGACGACAACAACAUGGUUAA